AUGAUUAUUGCUGCAUAGCCAAAUCGUUUCCAAGAGUAUGAAGAUUAAGCCAAGAAGAUUUUCUAUUAGGAUUAUUUUGAAAAUAGGAUGAAGACAUUUCCAAUCAUUUGUAGAUUCAAAAAGAGAGAAUAUCAAUCGCAAUUUAUAAAUUACACUACAAUAUUUCAUGAUCUCAAACAUCAUGUAGAAAUAGGAAAUUAAAUAAGAAUUUGGAAGGAAAAUAAAUAAAAAUUAUAAUAUUGCUGCAGUUUCUAAUAUAUUUACACUUUGAUCCCAUAAUUGCAUUUAGGAAUUCGAUUGAAUAGGAAAGUCAAAGACUCCAAUUUAGAUUUCUCAGUCUAUAAAUACAUUAAUAAUUUCUCAUCACUUACCUAUUGCUACAACCUUGAUUCAAAAUAUCGAACCUAAUAAAAGUUUAUUUUUAAUUUCAAAGAAUCCACUCUGACUAUCAAUAAAGAGAAACUGAAACUAGCAUUACAAUUCGGUGAUAUUAUCAAACCAUAUGUCAAGACUGAUUUGAGAACUUUCUCAAAAGUUACUUUUGGUGUGAAGGCCAAGUUAAAGGACUUUGAACUAUUUGCAUACAAGGAGAUUUCAAAAAAGGAAUAAAAUAGCACUGUUUCAUUGGGAGUGAUGCUUAAUAUUUUUGAUUGGAAAGUGGGAUUGAAGAUGAAUUUCAAGGAUUUGUCUAGUUCUUUUGCUAUUUUUAUUUAGAAAUAUGGGCUUGCGAUUUAAUUGCCUAUUUAUAGUUUUGAUUGCGAAGAUCUUUUAGAGAAGUAUACGAUAGCAGCAUUUGGAUUUAUGAUUGCAUGUUCAAUUCUAAAAUGUUUUUAACAACCUAAAGUAUUGCCUCUGAGCAAAUAACAAAGAAUUGAUCAAUCAAGAAAUCAAUUAAAUUUAUUAGAACACAAAACUAAAUAGAAUUUUAGAUAUGAAAAAGAAAACAAUGGAUUACUGAUUCUAUUUGCUUAUUAUGGUAAUGCAGAACAUAUUCAAUUGUUGAAUCAACAGCAAAAUAAACAAAAGUAUCACUUGCAAAAUGAUUUAGAAAUCAUUGAUGUGACAUUGUCAUGCUAAUUCAAUGUGAAGAAUUCUAAGUUGCAUUUACCCAAGUAUUCCAAAUCUUGUCUGUUUGGUUUCUGUGAUCCUUGCGAAAAUGUAAAUACUCAUAAACUCUUGUUAUUCGAAUACACAUACAAAUAGCAAAAAUUUGAUAAAAUAUUCGAUGACUUGGAUGAGGUGAUCUUGCCCUGA